CUUUUGGAAUGUUUAUUUUUUAGAGUUUACUCAGAAAUAUAACAGCUAGACAAGAAUUACAGACAAAAAAACACAUUUACGUUUACGAACAUAAUCGUUUCAUACAAGAAUGUGUAAAAAUAGUGGAUAUUGCACUUGUUGGUUUGUAAUGGUCUAAAUAUUUACUUUUAUAUUGCAGUCGGUGCAGCCCUCAUUGAGAAGUUAGUUGGUUGUAGAAGUAGUAGCAAAGGUGAUGAUGCUUGAAGGUUAAUGAUUAAAGUCCAAACGCUGUGAUAGAUAGUGUCCCAGACACGCUGGCCUAUAUUCGACAGCCCCCUAGGUGUCUCACUUUAGCAGUGUUUGUCAGGACUCCGGCGAGGAUGUGCGCUGACGUCACCGCCGUGUUGAUUUGCUAAGCGGCGAGCAGAGAGGAGUUAGUGCGCGUGAGAGAGAGCGGGUACUGUGAACUGCGUUACUAUGCUACAGUCCUAAUAACCGCACGCUCGGAAGCCAAACGUGCAACACAGAUUGACCUUAUCUUGUUUACAAAGAUAACUGAACAGACUGCUACGUGGAAAGAAAGACUCAUGAGUUGGCCGUGUGGAUUUCAGAGACGUUAUGGAUUUGACUAAAAUGGGUAUGAUCCAGCUCCAGAACCCCAAUCACCCCAAUGCCCUGCUGCACAAGGCUAAUCAAAUGCGCCUGGCCGGUACGCUGUGUGACGUGGUGAUCAUGGUGGACAGCCAGGAGUUCCACGCUCACCGGACCGUGCUGGCCUGCACCAGUAAGAUGUUCGAGAUCCUGUUUCACCGCAACAGCCAACAUUACACUCUGGACUUUCUCUCACCAAAGACCUUCCAGCAGAUUCUGGAGUAUGCCUACACUGCCACGCUCCAAGCUAAAGUGGAGGAUCUGGAUGACCUGCUGUAUGCAGCAGAGAUUUUAGAAAUAGAGUAUUUGGAGGAGCAAUGCCUGAAGAUCCUGGAGACCAUCCAGUCCUCAGAUGAAAAUGACACAGAGGUCAACAUGAAUGAUGGCGGCACAGAAGACGACGAGGAACGCAAGGGACGGCACGGCAGGAACCAGGUGGGUUCGAAAAAGCAUUCCGUGGAGGAAAGCGGCUACGUGUCGGCUGCCCAGCAAGCGCUGGCGCUGCCAGGAAUGGUGGAUCAGAGUCCCUCGGUCUCCACCUCCUUCGGCCUCUCCACCAUGAGCCCAACCAAAGCAGCCGUGGACAGCCUAAUGAGCAUCGGCCAGUCCCUCCUGCAGAGCACCAUGCACCCUGGCGUGGGUGCCGAACAGCCCCUGCAUGGCAACUCCCACCCCAUGAUGGGAGAGAUCAAGACGGAGAUGAUGCAAGUAGAUGAGAGUGGAGAGCACGAGAGCUCUAAAGCCAUGGAGUCCAGCGGCUCCAGCAACGGCGAACGCAGCGGAGAGUCCGACAAGAACCGUGACGGGCCCGGCACCCCUACCAGGAGCAGCGUGAUCACCAGUGCCCGUGAGCUGCAUUAUGUCAGGGAGGAAGGUGUGGGUGACCAGCAGGCUGAGGUCAGCCAGAUGGGCUUGGAGGCCAUGGCUGGGAUGACCGAAAAACACUUGGCGUCACUCUAUGGCAUUCCUCCCAACCACAAGAAUGAGGCGAUGCUCUCUAUGCCCGCCUCCAUGGCCUCAUCCUUGCACAUGUCCCCAGCCCUGGCCAUGUCCAUGGACUUCAGUGCCUACGGGGGCUUGUUGCCUCAGAGCUUCAUCCAGAGGGAGUUCUUCAACAAACUCGGCGAGUUAGCUGCUGGGAUGAAGCCUGAUGGCCGCGGCCCGAACGAGCGCUGCAAUGUGUGUGGUGCCGAACUGCCUGACAAUGAGGCCGUGGAGCAGCACAGGAAGCUGCACAGUGGAAUGAAGACCUACGGAUGUGAGCUUUGUGGCAAGCGCUUCCUAGACAGUCUGCGCCUAAGGAUGCACUUGCUGUCUCACUCAGCUGGUGAGAAAGCCAUCGUCUGUGACCAGUGUGGAGCUCAGUUCCAGAAGGAAGAUGCUCUAGAGGCCCACCGGCAGAUCCACACAGGAUCAGAUAUGGCCAUCUUCUGUUUGCUGUGCGGGAAGCGAUUCCAGACGCAGACGGCUCUGCAGCAGCACAUGGAGGUCCACGCAGGCGUGCGCAGCUACAUCUGCAGCGAGUGCAACCGCACAUUUCCCAGCCACACCGCACUCAAGCGCCAUCUCCGUUCGCAUACAGCAGGUGACCACCCGUUCGAGUGCGAGUUCUGCGGCAGCUGCUUCCGAGACGAGAGCACGCUGAAGGGACAUAAGCGCAUCCACACCGGAGAGAAGCCCUAUGAAUGUAACGGCUGCGGCAAGAAGUUCAGCCUCAAACACCAGCUAGAGACCCACUACCGUGUCCAUACAGGUGAGAAGCCGUUUGAGUGCAAGCUCUGCCACCAACGCUCCAGGGACUACUCUGCCAUGAUCAAACACCUGCGCACCCACAACGGAGCCUCUCCGUACCAGUGCACCAUCUGCCUGGAAUACUGCCCCAGCCUCUCCGCCAUGCAGAAGCACAUGAAGGGCCACAAGCCCGAAGACAUCCCCCCGGACUGGAGGAUAGAGAAGACUUACCUGUACCUCUGCUACGUCUGAAAAGGGGGGGGGGGAAAUGGUGGGAAGGGAGGGGCGUGGGAGGGCGAGGGGUUAAAGCACCUGGAAACACAGUCAGGAAAUGGACGGAUUUGUCGGAUGAGCUGUGCAAGGCAGAGUGGGAACGGGAACUAGAAAGACAGAAAUCUUACCCAUCAGUAUCAAAAAAAAAAAAAAAAAAAAUGCAUCACGUUGUAGCCGUUUGUCCGUUCACAACACGGAUUAUGUGGGAAGUUGAUUCUCUACAUGUCAGCUUAUGUCCCAGACUAUAAAUAUGUCUUAUAUCAGUCAAACGACACACACUUCAACAAUGAUCCCUCCUCUUCGUAAGGAUGCCCUCUCCUGGUACACGAUAGUAGUGUGAACGAGACACAGUGUUUAUCUCUGACUGAUCGCAGCAGAGAUGUCGGUGCACGAAGCACUUAGAUCCGUCAGUGGUGAUGUGCCAGUCAGGUACUCCACAGCAAACAUGAACCGUCAUGUUCAUCAGGGUCAUUACAGCAAACUGGGGCGUAAGCUUCCUGUAAAACAUGUUCACGAUGCCCAGCUGACAGUCGUUGCAUAGAUCCCUCCCAUAUGAUUCACAUUCAUUAAGGGCUUAUUGGUUUAACCAGUGUACAAAUCAGCUAAGCUCUCAGUACUCUGCUCAUCAAUUACAUUUCACUUUUUUCCCCUCUCGGCAUAGCUUUGUACCGCGUAUUACAAGCCAACUUCACGACGACAGUUUUUGUUUGAUGUUGAUUUCUCAAGCUCCACAUUUUGAGCAAAGUAACACGCACACUGUACAGCUCUUCCUUCGCUUAUCUCCUGCUUCUUCUGAAAAUCAGUUAACUAUUCAAAACGAGUAACUUGGCAAUACAUACAGAACAUCCAUUACACACUAGACAUCUAAUCAACUGUUUAUGCUGUUGUUAUAGAGACCAAAAUGAUGACUAAAGCUGCUUUUGUCAGUGGCUUGUAGACAGAGCGGCACUGUGACGUACAGGGCUCGUCCGCACAUAUCCGUGUGUUCGCAGGUGGUCACAAGGCUCGGCCUGUCCAGCCGGGAACGCUGGGAUGAAAGAACUCUUUUGGUUUGGUUCCUUUCGCUUCGUCUGUGUUUCCUAUUAUACCUUGAUUUACUUCAGCACAUCGUACUUGAAUUACCUCGUGUGUUUUUUUUUUUGUUUGUUUGUUUGUUUUUGUUUUUUGUGACCUCAUGUGCUAGUGUUUUAAUUUUUCCUUUGUAUAUUUGAUCAUUCGCUUCGCGUUUGUCUUUCGAGCAGGGCAGAUUUGAAGUGGCGUUUGCUUUUGAGUACUUAAGAACUUAAGUGCCAUGGUGAAGAGAGAUUAUUUGUCUUUUGUUUGACGUUAUUUUCUUUGCAUUAAUAUUACCAAACUUGGUAUUAUGUUUUUUUGUUUUGUUUUACUAACCCUGCUUGUUGAAGAGCUUGUGGGUUUGGUUGUUUUUGUAAGCUACCUCUAAGUUUUGUUUCUUUUCGUUGUUUCGUUUGCAAAAUCACGUUGUGUUUUGCAUUAUUGCAACUUCAUCUCACGCUUUCAAGUGUUGUAUGUCGAAAGCGACGAAUAUGAAAGGGUAAGAUUUGCUUAUAGGAAAAGUGGAUUUAAAAAAAAAUAAUCACAACUUUCCCUAUCAGUCCCCCCACCCCUGUAAAUGUUACCUUAAGAGCAGAAAAGAGAUUUCUGAAGCCUUAAGUUCGGGGUCGGAGUUGAUCUGGGAGGUGCAUAUGGAACAAGUGAAGUGUAGUACUUUAAAGUCUGAAAAAAAAAAAAAUGUUAAACUUGAAAAUAUGUGAAUAGAAUUGUAGUUUUGUAAUGUGAAAAAAGAAGGUUCACUGAGCGUGAGCCGCCAAGAACAGGUCAUAUGCAGCAGUGCAUUGUGCGUUGGACAAUUGGGACUGCAAGUGGUAAUCAAAGAUGAAAGGAAGAAAAAAAAAAAACUAAAAUCCUGUCAGUUGACAUGUUUCUUUGUAUGAGUGUAGUCCUGAGCAAGAGCCAACAGAGGCCAUUUGAUAUAUAAAAUUGUGAUAUUUUUGUAUUAAGUGUCAGUCCCUUUUUCCAUUUGUUGAGGUUGCAGCGGGGCAAAACUUUGUAGUUCUUUUUUUAUAUCAUUAUUCUCUGGUUUGAAUCGUUUGCCUUGCUCCUCCUUGUAAUGUUGGACAGUGCGUGAUCCUAUAGUGGUAAAUGUUGCUUUCUGGAUGUCAAUACAUUGCAGGUGAAGGACUAAAUCAGCCACAUUCUCCUUUGUGAAAAUAACAACAAACAAACAAAAAAAAUGAGGUGAUGCCAAUGAUCAAUUCCAUUGCACACGAUCUCUCAAACAAAACAAUCAAUGUUGCCAACGUUUUGUUUUUUACUUGAAGUGACUAAAAAAAAAAAAAGAAGGGAUGGGAAGAUGCGUCAAAGGAAAUGUAAUUGUCGUGUGUCUUGCCAUUGUUUUCUGGAAAACACUGUGAGUUCGGGCAUCUUUUGCCCCCUGUGAGAAUUUUAAAAACUAGUAGCUCCAUGAAAUAAGGCAGAAAUAUAUAUUUUGUUCUGUAAAUGGAUAAUGUCGACUGAUGUUAAAUGGGUAAAACAGAGUUUUGCAAUAUGUGGCAACAAUACGAGAUAUUAAGUCACAUGCUAGUGUAACUUUUUGAUUUUGUACUUUGCUUUGAGUGUUUUCACACAGUGUGUUUGAGACUGAAAGAGUGUGUGCGUGUGUUAGUGUCAAAUGCACUAAUCUGAAAAUCAUGUUCUAUGCCACUUUUCCUCUCACCAUGUUUAAAAAAAAAAAAUAUUGGCAUUGAUAUAGUUCUUCCCUCAAUGUUCUUCUGAUGUUUCUGUAAUAUCUUUGUGCCUAAAUGAAAUUGUUCAACAAAUUGUCCACAUAUAUCUGCUUAGUUUCUGUAUUUUCAAGAAAAUUAUUGGUGUCUUCAGGGCUCCAGGGGUGCCAUGAUGAUCUCGGAUCGAUUCACUUGAGCCAGUUUUUGUUGCUGUUUUAAUAAUGAUCAUUUGGUCUUUUUUCAGUGGUUCCACUGGCGACCGAUCAAAUGCAACAGUAUUGUAGUGUUUUAUACACAGUUCGAGAAGACAAGCCGAACAUUCCUUGGAUGGGAAUAUGUGCGUUUUUCACAAUGAAUAUCCUGCUUUGAGGGGGAAACUUAAUGUUUGAGAAUCAAACUUGCUCUCAUUUCCUUGUGGAGUUUUUUUUUUUUUGUUUUUUUUUUUUUUCAGCAACAGGUUUGCUGAUUAAACCUUUCAACAACGUCCCUUUAACAUUCGGCGAAUUGUUGAUGGAUGCAUUUGUACUGCCCUAUGCUAGACAUGUCUAUUUGUUGUUUAAAGUACUUAUGUUAAAGAAACGGUUAGCCACAUGUCAUCAUCGCAUCCCUGGAGUUGGCUCACUGUGUUCCAGUGUGGUGUUCUAGAAAGAGUAGCCAUUUCAUGCUGUGUUGCCAUGCAUGUGCCAUUGAGGUCAAAACUAAACUGUUUGAGUAACAAAGCACCAAGACGUUGUCUUUUUUUUUUUUUUAUAUAUUAGCACUGAGGACCAAUUGCCCUGUCGGACCAAGCAUAACAAAGCUUUUUAUGUAUCAAAGCAGUUUCUCUCUUCCCCCUCUCUCUCUCUCUACUGUAUCCCCCUCUUCCUUCCCUGGCUUGUCUGGAUUUUUUUUUUUUUUUCUCCCUUGUGACAGCACAAGUGCCAGUCCUGUUGCUCUUUAAAAAAUAUAGUGGUUUGUUUCUGGGGUUUUUAUUUUUUGUUUGUUCUAUUAUUAUUAUUUGAAUUGUUAGUUACGUCUACCUCAGCACCUAAUCUUAGCCUAAUCUUAGAAGGUGCCCAAUUUUUUUUUUUUUUUUCUUUUGUCAAUUGUACAAAUUUUUAUUUGCAUUAGAGCUUUGCAGCGGUCCUUUGUCUUUUCCAGCAAAAUGCUAUUUUUUGUAGCACUACUGUUGUGCUACAGAUAUUGGCAUCAGUUUCCUGAUGUAGUCUUUCUUUCGGUGUAGGAUCAGACACAUCUCUUUGUAACAUUUCAGUGUUCUCUGAUGGAGUGUGAAAAAAUAAAGAAUUUAAAGAGA